UGUCCACCAUCACGAACACUGCUACCGCCACAACCUCGUUGUUCUUCACCACCACCCUGCCAGGCACCACUGUUGUCCAGACUCUCCCACCGGUGACGACUGUAUUGACUCUCCCUGGCGCCGUGACCACAAUCAUUGCUCCUGGCACAACCGUGGUUAGCACUCUACCUGGGGUUGUGACUACUACUACUCUUCCAGGAAUUGUUACCACCAUCACUUCUCCUCCGAUCACCACAACCGUCCGGUUCCCUGGAACUUCUGUUACUCUUACCCAGACUCUGGCUUGCACCGCUCGCGCAGCACCUACCCGGCCGUCCAGAAGUGUCCCCAAGGAUUAUACGUGGGGUUGUGCACCCGGUUACAUAUGUAAUCCCAAGGACCGUUGCGAUACCGAGCCUCCCCCAGCUGACGGCUACCUCUGUGAGCCUGACGAGUGUGAGGUUGCUCCGCCGCUUUGCCCGUACCCAGAUGAUUGGGGCCAUGACUUCACUUCCAAAAAGGUUGGAACUUGGCUGAUUCAGCCACCCUACUAUCCUCUUGACCCAGGAAUGUUUGGUCUGGACUGGUCCAUCUUUUCGAUCUUGGAGCGCAGGAGCAUUGAGGAUAGUGUUACAAUGACCAAGAGGCAGAGCGGCACCCAGUUUUCUGCAUGCUACGAUGAGUGCGGUAUGAUAUCCAAUUAUCUAUUUCAUUGUCCGAGCUUGAGCUGACUGCAAUCCUUCAGACUCUGCCAAUGUUAAUGCCCAGAAUCUCGGAAAGACCGCGAGACUUUGCCUGCCUGAUUCGGCCUUUAAGGUCGCCUACCGCAAUUGCCAGAAGUGUUUCGCCUUCCAUGCCAGUACCGCAAUGCCACAGCAGAUGCCUGUUACUUCUGUUGAGCCUAUUUACCGACAGUACAUUAAUUAUUGUAAUGCUAACUUCCCGGAAACUACGAGUACCUCAGGUGCAACUUCUUCUCGGACAAGUUCCUCACCGCAAUCGCAGGCUACCUCUUCUUCCGCGCCGGCUAGUACUGUGUGUUAACACCACCCCCCUUUUGUUUGGUCCUUGGAGAAAACGCUAACCCGGGUUCCCAUAAAAGCCUUCAAGCUCUGCUACACCUUCUGCGUCCCCAAGCAAUUCACCAAGUUCAUCUUCAGGACCAGUUUCUACGGUACCACCAACCUCUUCACCCGUGCCAACCACUACCGCCACACCCACCCCCUCUUCCUCUUCCCGCCCUACAUCACCUUCCUCAUCUACGGUAGUGAGUGUCUUGGGAGCAGGUAGCUCUACUUUGGGGACUUCCUCCAGUAUGUCUCCCUCUUCCCCGCCACAGCGAGCUCUAGACUAGGGUCAGCCUCUUCCGCCACGUUAGAGGCUGUCUCUAGUCUAGUUCGUCCCUCCGAGUGCUAAUAUCCUCCUCAGCCUUCGCAUCAAGAUCUGGAUCUUUGUCCGCAUCUGUCUUUGCUUCUCCUUCCGCUGCUACUAAUACCGGGUCUGGAUCACCAUCGUCGUCACCAUCCUCGGCGGCCGGCGGUUUGAGCUCGUCCGGGCCAUCAUUGGCUGUGGUUGGCACCGGUACUGCGUCUUCUGGGCCGGUGGUCCCGACGGGCCCUGCGGCUAACUCGGUGGGUAUCCAUGUUCCACAUUUGUUUAGUUACGAUCGCUAACUCUCUCCACAGACCAGACCCACAACCCCAGGGAGCGGAAACGUUACUUCAACAUCCAACAUGCCACCUGUUAAUACCGGCGGUGCCUCAUCGGUUUCUCCAAUGGGCUUUUGGGCACUGGCCUCAAUUCUGCUCCUGAGUACAUGGGCUCUCUUUUAAUCCCCCCUAGCUUAGGCUCUGAGCCUUCCGUAUAUCAUUGCAUUAUCACCAUCUAGGGAAUCGGACCUGGAUGUGGAAAAUAGGAUAGAAAUAUGGGUUUUUUCCUUUCCAUUUUUCCUUCAUUUUUGUUAGCUGUGUUUCCGGUUGCGAUUAUGUUUUUCCUUUUACGUUUCAUGCAUACUCGAGUAAUGGUGUCGCGCAUUGGGUCGGUUAGUGUCCGAUGCAGAUGCGUGCGUAUGUGGGUCCGUGGGCCGGGUUUGAAUUGUGGCGACGGAUUUUAUUUGUCUGAAUUCUUUUACACGCCUAUGCGGAGGAAUGAGAUACGAAGCCUUCAUGAGUUUAGUAACCGUGGAGGCGUGAUGGUGGUAUUUUUUAAUGACUUUUUUCUUUGUUGGCUUAUCGCCACGUUACGAUCUCUAAGACAAUGUACCGGUAUGAUAUGUAUGGUAUUAUAUCAUAGCUGAUAACAAAUAUGCGGGGAUGUCAUAUCAUG